UUCAAGUUCAGGAGCAGCUGAUUGUUUGUUUGGUUCGCCAACAGAAUGUGAUAUAACAAAUAAUAACAAACCUAUUUGUGUAGUUAGCAAUUUAUACGAGCCAUGUUGCAACAUGGCCAACUUCUCUGUCGCUUCUUAGCUCGUUGCCUAUACACAACAAGCGGUCAAUGGCAGAUUAGCCAUUACGAGGCCUUGGGCAUCAGUAAAAGCUCCACACAGACAGAAAUUAAAGCGGCGUAUUAUAAGUUAUCCAUGGUUUAUCAUCCAGAUCGGAACAAGGGCAGCGAAAGUGCCGCUAAAAAGUUUCGUGAGAUUACCCAGGCCUACGAGGUGCUUGGUAACUAUCGGCUGCGUCGUCUCUACGAUAAGGGAAUUGUGCAUACAGCUGGACCCCAAUACGCGCAGGAUUUACGAGAUGUGGGAGAGAACGUGGAGUACGAGGAAGAUGAUUCGCAGACUAAAUUCUAUAAGUCACGCUUCAGGAAGUCUACAGUUGGUGAUGCCCAAGGACGGACGCCCAUCUACGAUUUUGAUGAAUGGAGUCGGGUUCAUUAUGGCAAAAGCUUUGAUAGACGCCAAGAAGCACAAGCGAAGCACGAACGUAUUCGCCAGCAAAAAGAAACCAAUAGACUAUCUGUCCAAAACGACCUAGUUUUGUUUGCUUGUCUAUUUGCGGGCGUAGCUAUGUACCUGAUGUUUAUGGCAGAGACUUCAUAUGAUACCCCAAAGCGUAGAGCGGAAGAGCGACACAAACGGAACCAGGAAAAGGAGUUAGCACCGGUUGCAAAUACACCAGACAACAAAUAAAAGUCAGCGACGUGACCUAGCUCAAAUUAACAAU